AUGCUCUCUCUUCGUUUGCUCGCCAUUCUCACAACCCUGCUGGCGGUAGUCUUGAUGGCGAACCAGUCAUCCGCAACCAGAACAACCCGCAGACCAAAGCCUCAGAAUACCAAGAAGCCCCCUCGCGGUAGUGGUACCGGAGGAGGUGGUGGAGGGGGAGGAGGUGGCGACCAGCCGGCCCGUCUGGGCUUCAGGCAGACCACCACCACCAUGGCCCCCUCCAGUAGCCUGGGCACCGACGAGACCACAGAGGAUCCCAUGACGGACGCCUACUCCAUGUCGCCCACUGACAGCACCACCUACGCAGGCGACGCCUACCCCACAGAGUUCCACACAGACUCCAUGGCGCUCCCUGGGGCCGGCAUGGGAAACUAUACCCUGGACUACAGCCACUGCUACUUAAACAUCUGCGAGUGCUGCCCGCCCGAAAAGGGCCCCAUGGGGCCCCCAGGGGAGAGGGGGCCCCCAGGGCCUGGAGCGGAGAGGGGACUUCCAGGUGUACCUGGAGAGAAAGGUGAUGUGGGACUCAUUGGACCUCCUGGACUGGAUGGUAUGCCUGGAGCUACUGGACUUGAAGGAGAUAAAGGUGACAAAGGUGAUCAAGGAGACACGGGGAUGUCUGGUGCUCCAGGGAUACUUGGGAAACAGGGGCAGAAAGGUGACUUGGGCCCCAAAGGAGAAAAAGGAGAAACAGGCCUCCCUGGCUUGAAAGGAGACCUGGGAGAAAGCGGAAAGCCUGGGCGGAAUGGGACCCAGGGCGAGAAAGGUGACCUGGGUAGAAUAGGCCCUGCAGGUCCCUCCGGGUUGACUGGCCCAAUGGGACAGAAUGGCCAAAAGGGAGAGAUGGGGGAGUGUCCAACUGGGGAGAAGGGAGAGAAAGGGGAGGCGGGCUUACCUGGCCCCCCUGGGCCGAGGGGGUUGGUGGGACCCCCGGGAGUAAAUGGAACCAAUGGUCUACCAGGACCUGUAGGUCUGAGGGGUCAGCUAGGCUCCCCGGGAGGGAAAGGGGAGGCAGGGGGGCGGGGGCCUCCGGGUCCCCCAGGCUUGAGGGGCAUGCCUGGGCCGAAAGGAGAGAAAGGCCCCAAGGGCCCACGAGGUGUGCGGGGUCCCAAGGGCCCCCAGGGGGAGACCGCAGAGCAGAUACGCUCAGCCUUCAGCGUGGGCCUCUUCCCCAGCAAGUCCUUCCCCCCUCCAGGCCUUCCCGUCAAGUUCGACAAGGUCCUCUACAAUGAAGAGGAACACUGGGACCCAAUGCUCAGCAAGUUCAAUUGCACCCACCCCGGGGUCUAUGUGUUCUCCUACCACAUCACUGUGCGCAAUCGGCCCCUGCGUGCCGCACUGGUGAUUAACGGCGUGAAGAAGCUGCGGACGCGUGACUCCUUGUACGGUCAGGACAUCGACCAGGCGUCCAAUCUGGCUCUGCUGCGUCUGGCAUCAGGGGACCAGGUAUGGCUGGAGACGCUGAGGGACUGGAACGGAGUCUACUCCAGCAGCGAAGACGACAGCACCUUCACUGGCUUCCUGCUCUAUGCUGACCCCAAGGCCUGA